UUAAUAUUUUACAUUUAAUAUUUAAGACAUGUAUUGAUACUAAAUACUUAGAUAGCUGUCACUAUAAUGGUAAAACGUGGUAAUUAUGUUUCUCAAAAUGUCUCAGAGGAAGAGUCACAAAGGCAUCAUGGUCUAAACUGAAACCCAUUCGAUGUCCUUUCUGUCACACUAAAACAUCCGUUGCACUGAGUCACCGUUAACAUUAACCUGAUCUAAACGUGCAAACUUGACAGUUAUAGCGGAUUUGACCGUUAAACAAAUGCAGCUCCAUCUGGAAAUUCUGAGCCUGAGCAUUACAGAUAUGACUCAGCGUGUGAAAGUGGUUUAAAUGUGUGUGUGUGUGCGUGUGACAAUGUUCUCAAAGUAGGGCCACGGGCAGUUUGUCUAUAGGUUUCAUGUUUACCCGAAAAAUGUCUUUUCUCGAAAAGAAAAAAACAAAACUGGUGCGUUAACACUUAACUUAACCCUAGUCGUCUGGCUUCAGUUACUUGACUCAGAUCUGAUAAAAGCAAGUGUGAUGUCACAAUAAUUUGAUUAUCUGUCACAAUGUAGACUUUAAACAUUACUUGAUUUGCUUAAGUUGGUACUUAUGCACAUAUUUGAUUUGGUUUAUUUCUGUGUGCUGUGUUAUGAUUUGCGUGGACUUGCGUCUAAUCGUUACGAUACGUGAACGGACAGGCUAAUUAUAAUGAGAGGUGGGCAGGCUUGUGAUUUUUGUUGUUUUUAACAAAAAGGAGCAAUGGGCUGAGAGAGAAGCACACCAGGAGAGGGGCACGCAGCGGGUGACUGUAGCAGCUGCGUAAACAACCUUGCUGUUGGAUAUUCCAAACCAUGCACUCAAUCUCUGGUUUGGUCCGCGCCCAGCAUAGUGUAACAUGCCACUGUUGGGCUGGCGACGUUGUGAGUCUUUUUACUGGUGUAUUCCCCUUGCUGCCAGAGUUUUCACUCUCUUCCUGCUGCCAUUGCUCAAGGAGGCAGCGUGUACAGCCAGCGGGGGAGGAAGUACUGCAGGACGGUAUCGUAUUGGGCUCGUUGCUUGCGGACGUCUCGCUUGGGUGGCUGUGCAACCUAACCGUCGUAGAAAGCUAGGCCAAGCAGAGAUCUGACUGUUCAAACUGUCUGGGUGCAACAGAGGUUGCUGGCACUGCUGCUGCAGCCUAUUGCUUACUGGGGGAUCUUGCGCUGCUGGUGGCGGAUUGCGGUAUCGCCUGUUUUGCUUUAUCUGGCUUGUGUAUUUUUAAGGAAAGCUAUAUGUUGUCUGCGUGUAUGAGUAUGUUAUCUGAGUUUAAUAAAUGUGCAAAGAUUGCGAACUCAAGGCCUUCUGACUGGUUCUACUGCCCGCUGCCUAAACGCAGUGUCUUCAACUUUGUGUGGCUUUUACUACACCCACAUCUUAUGUGACACAUUUAACUGCAAAUCCAACAGAAACACACUGAUACAUUUAUUUGGCCUAUGUGUAUGGCAAUGUGACUCAUUCCUAUAUUGUACUAAGCAUCGCUGAUUCAGUGUUAACUGCCGUUCAACAGCAGAAACCAUUUCUGAAUGAGAUGACCUGAACCCUGGCCCUGUCUCAAGGUAAAUGUCAGUGAACUCUCAUCUGACAGAAUUCACUCACACUUUUCCCCUGCAAUGACUUAAACACUUCUGUAAUACCAUAUUUGUUGUGUGUGAUAGUGCACCCAGUGCCUCUUGAAAGGCCCCACAGUAGACAGAAAAAGAUCAGUGUCUCCAUCCAGCUUAGACUCAUCUGAACCCUUUCCUCCUUAAAACGCAGGGAGUUCUGAUGCCCAGACAGUGCAGUGUGGUAGGCUGGACACAAGGCAAUGCCAGAGGUCGGAGAGGGGCAGUGGGACAGAGGACAUCUGAGUUGGGCAAUCUACUGUCUCUCCAUCUACUGCAGAGGUUGAGCCAAGAGCAGUGGAAAGAAAUCUGAAUAGAUGAUAUUUGACAUUUCCUCCUUCCUCGCUUGAGCAAUGGAACAGAAAGAAGCUGCAUGUCAGUAAAGGGGUGACAUCGGAGUGUGCUGGAGUUCACUGAUGGAUUUGAAACCCUGCAAGAAAUCAUUCCCUGUCCUUUUAUCCCAUUUGUCCUUGCUUGAAAUUUAAACAAAAAUACUGUCACGCCCCCCCGCCCCCUCCCACACACACACACACACACACACUCUCUGAGCUGUUUUCUUUGUGACUGCUGACCUGUGUGUGAUGCGCCUUUUCUCAGCAAAAGACUGUGUGAUGCCGGGGCUCCAGCGACCCGUGUGCUGUGUUUGUGGAGCAGGUCUCUGGCCUCAAGCUACGGCUCAAGCCUGCCUUUAUCUGCACCGCAGGCUGCAUAACUUCCCUCCCUGCCCUGCUCGGUGCGCAUGCAUGCGGUGGUGGUGGCAGCCUCGGUGGAAGGCAGCCGAGACAGGACAUGUCAAAAGCCCCACUCGUUCAGCGGCACGCAAGAGGGGACAGAGAGGAAACAGGUGACGGUGGAGAGGCCAGCCACAGGUCCUUCUGCGUCUCUGUCUUCAGACAAACCAUGAAGCAACUCGCCUCAGAGUGGGAAGCUGGGGCCCCAAAGCAUGUUUAACUUUUAACUGAACAGAUUCCCUCACCGCUGAUAUGUUUAGUAAUGAGCACAUAGUGACUGAGGUGGACAGAUAGAUGUGUAAAACAGAGAGAGAGAGAAUGAGAGGAAGAGAGAGGGAGAAAAAAAAGGAUGUAUGUGAGGUUUUGAUCGACAUACACAGGUCCACUGUGAUCACGUGGGGAGGAUUUCCGUCCCUUGACACACGCGCCCUACACGAACACACACACACUCACUCUCUCACUCAUUCUGCCGCUCAGGUCUCAUAUGCAUGCAAACGCAGCUGCUGAUAGUUAUGCAGCUGUGAGACGCGGUCCCGACCAUGACUUCCACCAUGAGCUUCAGGGGGCUGGUGCGCCAGGACAGCCAGGACAGUAACUCCCGCACGGGCAGCCUCAAGAAGAAGCUCUGGCACAGACACUCCAUCAGCAAGGGCAGCCUGAAGUCCCGCAAUGGAGAGAACUCAGCCGUGACAGCAGGACGCAGACAGUUUAACCGAACUCGCUCAAACUCUCUGGUGGACUACUCUGACCCUCUGAGGACCACAUUGGUGCUGGAGAAGCAAGACAAUGAGGCGUAUGGUUUUGAAGUUCAGACGUGUGGCAUGCAGCUGAAGAACAGCACCGUGAUGGAGAUGUGCACGUUCGUGUGCACGGUGCAGCCGGGCAGCGCCGCUGAGAGCGCAGGCCUUACCGCUGGCGACGUCAUCGUCACUAUCAAUGGCAUCAGUAUCGAGGGUUCCUCGCACCAGGAUAUAAUCAGCCUGAUCCGGGAGUCCACCAAUGUGCUAAAAAUGGAGACUGUCAGUGGGACCCUGGUGAAGAGGAUUGAGCUCGAGAAGAAGCUCGGCUUACUCAAGCAAAACCUGCGUACGAGAUGGGCGGAGUUGCAAACCCUAAUUCAACAGGAAAGGCAUCUUACUAGAGGUAACCUGAUGGACAGCAGCGCCAUGCCAUCCCUGGAGUCCCUCAUGUCCCUGGCGUCCCCCACGAGCCAGCGAGGCCUACGCUUCUCCAGUGACAGCAGCUUCCGCAGCCUGCUCAUGUCGGAGAGUGAGGACGGUGUCUUCCCCUCGCCCAUCUUAGAUGACUGCCCCAGCCCCUUCAGCCCACUGAGCCCCGGUGACCAGCCGGCCUUCUUCGGCGGAGGCCCUGGCACCAGCUUCGCCGCCACUGACCGUGGCCCCUCUCGGCCGACCCUCACCCGCACACAGAGCAUCGGUGACGGCUACAGAAGCAGCAUCAGCAGCAGUGACUCGUCCUCCCCGACCUGGGACGCCAACCGGGCGUCAUCCCUGUUCGGUACCCUGCCCAGAAAGUCGCGCAAGGGCAGCAUCCGCCAGCAGAUCUUCAGGUUCAUGCCCGGCAUCAACCACUCAGUGGAGGAGGAGGAGGGCAGCUGAGCAGAGCUGAGAGGCUUCGGUCCGGGACUGAACACUAACUUCUCAGUGAUGUGAUACUGUGAUAUGAAAGCAUUGCCACAGCAGCAUCUGACCUCGGUCAGAAAGAGCUGCUGCUCUUGGGCUUUAAGGACCGAGCCCCAACCUUCCCCGCAGCAUUUAGUCACUGAAGUCAACUGAGUACAUAAACAAUGGGGCCCCACUCACUGUGUCUGAACCAAUUUAAAUGCAUCUGUUUGAAUUUCUUCAAUGAAGGAACACAAGAGAGAAAUCAAAACAGUCUUUGACAGGUGCAGGUGAAAAGAUGCAGGGCUAGUCAGGCAGUCUGUCAGAGAGACGAUUCACAGCAACUCUGCAUGCAGUGGAAAUUCCUUUUUGUGUGUAUAUACAGUGUUGCACUGAAUUCACUCCACUUCUAUAAACUCAAACCUGGACCUAAAGAGGAUGAGGUUAGCAUUAGUAUGGAUGGUCUGCAGCAUUACUGGCGGGACAAUGCAUUAAAGACUGUAGUAUCUGUUUGUUUUUCCAGAGUUAACCACAACUACAACACAACAGCUUUAUUAUUUUCUCUCUAAUCUUAGUUCUAAAGAUGUAGCCAUGCAACUGAUAGACAACCCUUAAAGCCCGUGGAGCCCUUACACUCUGGUUUUAAUGCCCUAUAUUAAUGAAUUACUGUAAAUUGGAAGAACAGAUAACCGAGUUUCUGAAUUUCCUUUGAAAUGCAUUGUCGAAUCAGAUAUGUCAUAUCCAGGACACAGUCUGGCAGAAAAACUGUAGAAGUUAAAACCACACGGCUCGUGUGAAGCUGAAAAACAGGAUGUGGUCUGUCAUAGAGCUACCCUCCAGACAAUUUUUUUCGCUUAGCUUCUCCCUGGUACGUGAUAUAAGUCAUACUCUCACCUUGCUCUAUAUACAGCCUUGUUCAGCACCAAAGGGACCCAUUCACUGCCUAUAGGUUCACAGUUCAUAGUCAUAUCAGUAACAGGGUGUAAGUGGAGUGUAAGUGUAAGUGGAUUUGUGUGCGUGCUGACUCUUACCUUGUGGUAUAAUCUAUGUCUAUCCCUUUCCAAGCUGAAUCUUUGUGAAUGUCUGUUGAUAUGGCUGUUGGCCUACUGUUUUGCCUCAGAGAUUUUUCCUCUUGAUGUGUUAUUACUUUCAUAGGUUUCUCCACUAGAGGGAGUAACAGUGGAAUUAGCAGAUACAUCUACUUGGUUUCACUCAGUAAUCAAUGGGGGAAAAGGGUAUGGGAAGGGGGGUGCUGAGGGUUCCUGAUCCCCUUCCACAAAACAAGUUCCUGAACCUAUACUGUGUCCUGGAAUGUUACCUGCAACAGAUAUUGUUUUACUGAACAAAGAAUACCACAAUGAAAAGUAGUAGAUGUGUACUUUUGAGACGUGUAAAUGUAGUUUUGCAAUAGAAUGGAUACAUUAAUUCAGAUAUUCUCAGACCAGUAGGUCAGAACUGUGAAGGGCGUGAGUUGUUUUUCCCAGCAGCCUAAAUGACUUUACACCCAAAGUGAGAAAAACUUUGUUCUCAGGCUCUGGGUAUCACACCUCUCUCCGGUGCGAAGUAAAAAAGUGUGUGUGUAGAAUGAGUGUAAAACCAUUAAGCAUUUUGUUUGUAUUUGCAUAGGCCCUGAAAUGUCACUGACACACUUCAUUUCUUGUGAGUUUAAAAUAAAUGUGUAUUCUACGUUUCUAAAUAAACUUGACAUUUUCAAGAAAAA